AUGGACUCCCAGAACAUCUACUACGACAGCUUCACCGCCUCCACGGGGGAGAACGGCUACGAUGGGACCCUGGCCAUGUGCGAGAGCCGUUCUGCGUCGAAUCCUCAAAGCCCCGGCUUUGCCUUCAGCGACACGAAUGCCUGCACCAUCUACAUGAACAAUGGGCAGGUACCAAUCGGCUUCGAGGUUCCCAUCUCCGGCACCGUCACCACGAACUAUGGAAGUGGGCCCAUCAACAAGGCAUCCGGGCAUUUUACCAGUUCCUGCUAUCGCAAGCUGCCUACCACGACUACAACCACAAGCACGGAGAGCGUGGCAACAAGCUCCUCCAGCUCGGCCACCUCAACACCCUCGACGACCACGACGGCAGCCGCCCCUCAAGGUGUGAUGUCCAGCAGAUACACGGAGACCGCGGACGCAUACUGCUCCAAUGCCAUGGACGAUGACGAUCCAUCCAUCUUGUCCCGCUACGAUUCGUUCGAAAACUGCUGGGAAUACUGCGCGUCGGAGACCAGCUGUGCUGCAUGCUUUCAGCCUUGCUUAGAUGGAACAGGAGGCGGCUGUAUUGGCGCCCAGGGCUGCCAAUAUCUGGCCGUGUCCCUGUGCUCUGCCAAGACUGCAGAUGGUUGCGGAGCCAGAAUUUGGAGACGGUAUGGAAGCUCUGGAGAUCCGAUGCUGGCAGUGCGCAUUGUGCUCAUUGUCGUGGGUGCGAUCGUCUUGUUAGGCUACUGGAAGCGGCAGCGGGCCGCUAGGCAGCGGCCCCUGAUCCCGCCCAAGGCGGUAUCCCCGGCCGCGAGCCCCCCAGCCGACACUGUCGGGGUGCCAGCCGUGACCAAGGUGGCCGUGACCAGGGCCAAGAGCAUCGCUCUCUCUAACGAGGAGGGCCAGGCGAUGGACUCCACCACCAAGGAGUCCCUGCCCAGAUAUUGGGGCCAUGCUUCCGAGAGUACUGACUUCAAUGCCAUGCUCUACAGCAACGAUGACCAGGUGGAUCAUUUCACGGAGCUCUUGAAUUCCACCUACCGCGCGCGGUGCACACAAGACAGGCCUUGCCCGAAAGCAGUCUGCUCCAAGACGCCGGGGGGCUGCCCUUGCGUCCAGCCUGACGGUGAUCCAGGCCUGCCGGCAAGUUAUGUGGUGCGGCGCGUGAUCCGUGUGGAAGACUCAAGGAUGUGGAAGCGCUUCAUGAGGAAGCGGGACCAGAUUCGGCGGAACAGAUCCAGCUCCAUUGAGCACGUAGAGCCACCGGUGUGUACGUCAGGAUUGGUGAAGGAUCAACCGGGAACCUUCACUCCCUUGGAUGAGGGCCUGAACGAAUUUUACUUGUGGCACGGCACUCAUGUUCGGGCAGCCCUGUCCAUUGCGCACGAAGACUUCCGGAUCGACAUGGCUGGCACCAAUGCGGGUACAAUGUACGGAAGAGGCUGCUAUUUGGCGGAAAACUGCACCAAAGCCGAUGAGUAUGCAAGGGACGAACCUCACGGCUACUACGAGGGGGUCUUUGCGCUGCUGCUCUGCCGCGUCUGCAUGGGCAAGUUCCUGUACACAACGGAUCGCUAUGAAGCUGCAGGCGACAAGGUCAAGUCGGGCGAGUUUGACAGCACCGUUGGUGACAGGACCAAGAAGGCCAACACUUUCCGGGAGUUUGUGGUCUACAAUGCGGACCAGGUCUACCCUGAGUACGUGGUCCUCUAUUCUCGACGUCCGCGGCAUUGUCACGUAAAUCCAGGCGUCAAUGCCUUCGAGGCACAGUAUGCUGUCCGUGCGACCUCCCGCACCUUGCUGCAGCAGCUGGCGCAGGGCUGCUUCCCAGGUGGUGCGGGUGGUGACGCCUUCAUCAAGGUCAUCUCUGCCCGACGCAUCGAGAUGUCCAGCAUGUGGAACCGCUACGUGCAGUUCAAGCGCAGGCUUCGCCAGGAGCUGGAAGCGUCUGGGCUUGCUUCCUUCGCUUCUGCAGAGCUCCUAGAGGGCAAGGCCACGCGUGGGGUGUCCUGGCAUGCAGAACGAUUCCACAAGUUUCAUAAUCUGCACGAGAUUCGCAGUGUAGGGGCAGGAAUUCUGGCAGUGCUGCACCGGCGAUUGCAGCAAGAGUCGUCAACAGCCCAGCCUGAGGAGAUACUGACUUACUCUUACCUGAAGAACUUGACGGGUAAAGGAGUUCAAGCUACCGGUACGAUCUCCAUCGACACCUUGGAUGACAGUAUCCAGGAGCACCUGCUUUGGCACGGAACGUCCAGGGCAUCAGCGGAAGCAAUCGUCUCUGCCGACUUUCGCAUUCCCAAGGAUGCCAAGCAUGGCUUUCGUUUCGGAAGUGGCUUGUACUUUGCAGAAGACAUCGGGAAAAGCCUGAGCUAUGCUCCCUUGGAGAAGGGGUCAGACGGCGGAAGCAAGUCGCAGUUUGUGCUCCUGUGCCGUGUACUCUGCGGGCAGAUGCACUACACGGAGGGACAGGUUGAUGGCAACGCAUCGGCGAACGCCAAGCAGGUGGGAAAGCACGCGGUGCUCGCCAAUCCGCUGGCCGAGGGUCCAAGGGAGUUCAUCGUCCUGACGGAGAUGCAGGUCUACCCCGAGUACCUGGUGGAGGUGUCUGUGUCCAAGGCGGAGGGCACUUGA